AUGUGUUUUCCACUAAACUAUCCAAUUUUUUCUUUUACUUUCUGUAUGUACGAAGGACCAAUGAGAAUGUCGGUCGCACCAGUUCAACAAGGUCCAUUUAUGAAGGAUCAGUUGGUUCAAUUGCGGGCACAGAUUAAUGCUUUCAAGCUACUUUCCAAAUCACAGCCAGUCCCUGAAACAUUAUUACUAGCGGCCGAAGGAAGACAGUUACUCAGUCAUGCACCUAUUGUUAUGAGUGGACCACCUGCACCAAAUGUCCCUGUACAACAAUGGAAUCAAUCUUCUGUAAAUUCCAUGCAAAAUUCGCCGUUUGUCGGGUCUCCUCAGUCGUCUGUCGCUCAGAGUGAAUUCCAUCCAGCGAAUCCUGCCCUAGCAAUAUCUCGAGUAAGACCUAAUAUCCAACCCAGUUUAGUGGCUGCACGUAUAGGUCCCCCAGUAGGCUAUCAAUCAUAUACAACCUCAUCUUCAAAUGGAACCUUUCUGCCUGGGGGUACUAGCACAUAUGGGAGGAGUAGACUUACUCCUAUUCAACGACCUCAGGGUUUGGAUCCCGUAGAGCUACUAAAAGAGAGGGAACAGCGUAUCCAGUCUCGCAUUGCGCAGCGUAUCAAAGAACUAAGUAGUCUUUCUGUAUCUAGUACAUCGGAACAAAGAGUAUCAUUAUUGAUUGAACUUCGUGCUUUGCGUCUACUAAAUUUUCAGCGACAGCUAAGGCAAGACAUAGUGUCAGCUAUGCGCCGAGACACAAGCCUUGAGACAGCUCUCAAUGUCAAGGCGUACAGAAGGCCGAAAAAACAAACUCUUCGAGAGGCUCGGUUCACGGAAAAGUUGGAGAAACAAAUGAAACAUGAGCAAGAAAAAAGGCGUCGUCAAAAACAUCAAGAAUUUCUGAAUGCUGUUCUUAGCCACGGAAAAGAUUUCCGAGAGUUUCAUCGUAAUGUUAACAGCAGAAUGGUGAAAAUAAACAAAGCCGUUCUAAAUUACAAAGCCAAUGCUGAGCGUGACAAAAGAAAAGAACAAGAACGAAUUGAUCGUGAGCGUAUGCGACGUCUUAUGGCUGAAGAUGAGGAAGGUUAUCGCUGUCUUAUUGAUGCAAAAAAAGACCAGAGACUUCAUCACUUACUCACACAAACAGAUGAAUUUAUUAGUAAUUUGACUAAACUUGUUCGUGAACAUAAACGAGAGCAAAGUAAGCAGCGUUUUAGGGAACGGUCGGAAAGAAGAAAAUUCGCACAGGAAUCAGCUCUGCAAAAUGCUGUUGUAUUCUAUCGAAAAUUGGCUGAUGAUGUCAUUAAAAACGGUGGACAACCCCCGGCCUAUUUUUCUACUCUUCCAUCUACUGAGAAAUUUCCUGAAGAACUUAAUCAAGUAAAUCGUGACUGGUUAUGUGGCAAAAUGUCGUCAUCUAACAUCCAGUUACCUGACGUGCGUAUACCUAUGUAUCAAACAACAACAAAAGAAAUUGUUGAAGGUGAUUCUGCUCCUUUAGCCUCAGAAGUUUGCACUUGGCUGCAAGAACACCAGGGCUGGGAGAUUCUUCCAACUGAUACUGAUGGGUCAGUAAUACAUGACUUAUUGGAACCAGACGAAGAGUUCAAGCGUAAACGUAAAUUUGAUGACGAUGAUGAUGAUGAUGAUAAUAGUAUGGUACAUGUCGGGACGGAAGAUGAUGAAUAUAAUAAACGUGGUGAAUCUGGUGCAAAUGCACCUCAAUCCUAUUAUACUCUUGCUCAUGCUGUACGAGAAGAAGUUAAAGAACAAGCUAGUAUUCUUGUCCAUGGUCGAUUAAAAGAAUAUCAAUUGAGGGGUCUCGAGUGGCUUGUUUCAUUAUAUAACAAUAACCUUAAUGGCAUACUUGCUGACGAGAUGGGUCUGGGCAAAACGAUUCAGACAAUCGCUUUGAUUACGUACCUAAUGGAAAGGAAACGCGUUAAUGGACCGUUCUUGAUUAUUGUACCUCUUUCAGUCAUGUCUAAUUGGGCAAUGGAGUUCGAUCGAUGGGGACCAAGUGUGAAAAAGAUAUUAUAUAAAGGUUCACCUCAAGCUCGUCGACUUCUUCAAACACAAAUAAAAGCAUCAAAAAUCAAUGUACUGUUAACAACCUACGAAUAUAUUAUUAAAGAUAAAUCAGCUCUUUCUAAAGUGAAGUGGAAAUACAUGAUAAUUGAUGAAGGCCAUAGAAUGAAAAAUCACCAUUGUAAAUUGACUCAAGUAUUAAACACAUAUUAUACUGCACCAUAUCGACUUCUACUUACUGGUACACCGCUGCAAAAUAAAUUACCUGAAUUAUGGGCUCUACUGAAUUUCUUGUUGCCAACAAUUUUUGAAAGUGUCAAUACAUUUGAACAGUGGUUUAAUGCUCCUUUCGCAGCAACCGGAGAAAAAGUCGAAUUGAACCAGGAAGAAACCCUGCUUAUUAUUCGUCGAUUACACAAAGUAUUACGACCAUUCUUAUUACGUCGUCUCAAACGUGAAGUAGAAUCGCAAUUACCAGAAAAAGUUGAAUAUGUGAUUAAAUGUGAAAUGUCAGAUUUACAAAGGGUUCUUUAUUCACAUAUGCAAUCUAAAGGUGUAAUUUUGACUGAUGGAUCAGAAAAAGAUAAAAAGGGUAAAGGUGGUUGUCGAACUUUAAUGAAUACAAUUAUGCAGCUUAGAAAGAUUUGCAACCAUCCAUUUAUGUUUCCACACAUCGAAAUGGCUAUAGCUGAACAAAACUUCCUAAAUGUACACAAUGGUAACCCCCCACCAACUUUACCAGUACCAACACAAGUUGAAGGUAAAAUAUUAUAUCGUUCUUCUGGAAAAUUUGAGUUACUGGAUAGAAUUCUGCCCAAAUUAAAAUGUUGUGGACAUCGUGUGUUAAUAUUUUGUCAAAUGACAAGUUUAAUGACAAUUAUGCAGGACUACUUUGAUUACCGAAAUUUUCGUUAUCUACGUCUUGAUGGAACUACUCGUUCAGAAGAUCGUGGAGAAUUACUAGUGAAAUUUAAUGAUACUUCCGAGGAUAUAUUUAUUUUCUUACUUUCAACUCGUGCUGGCGGGCUAGGUCUUAAUCUCCAAGCUGCGGAUACAGUGAUUAUAUUUGAUUCAGAUUGGAAUCCUCAUCAAGAUUUACAAGCACAGGAUCGUGCUCAUCGUAUUGGUCAACAAAACGAGGUUCGAGUUCUGCGUUUAAUCUCAAUAAAUUCAGUUGAAGAAAAAAUCUUAGCAGCAGCGCGUUUCAAAUUGGACGUGGAUCAAAAAGUUAUCCAGGCCGGUAUGUUUGAUCAAAAGUCUACUGGUACCGAACGACGUCAGUUUUUACAAGCGUUACUUGAACAAGAUGAAGAAGCCGAUGAAGAAGAAGAUGAAGCACCUGAUGAUGAAACUAUUAAUCAGAUGUUAGCCCGAAAUGAAGAAGAAUUUGAAAUCUACCAAAGGUUAGAUGCCGAACGCCAAUUUGCUGAAAGUCAACAGGCCAAACGGGAACCACGUCUAAUGGAGUUUUCGGAAUUGCCAAAGUGGAUUGUUCGAGAUGACAUCGAGCUUGAACGAAGUCUUUCAUUAGAGGAUAAUGUUUUUGGAAUGAAACGUCAGCGUAAAGAAGUGGAUUAUUCAGAUGCACUCACUGAGCGUCAGUUUCUUAAAGCAAUCGAUGAGGGUAGCUUAGAAGAAGCUGAAGAACGUCAGCGUCAAAAACGAGCAGCACGAAAAAAACGCAAGCGAUUAGAUGAUUCUAGUUUUAUGGAUGAUGGGAGCUCAGAAACUGGAAGUGUUAUUAUGGCUGCACCACAAGCUGCUAAACGUCGCCGUGGACGUCCACCUCAUGGUUCUUCUACUGGGAGUACAUCCAGAUCAUCUAAUCAAUCAGUUUCACCAAAGUUAGCUAAAAAACUACAACGUUUAUUAGAUAUUGUAAUAGAAUACAAAGACAAAGAUCAAAGAAUUCUUAGUGAACCGUUUAUGAAAUUGCCUACAAGAAAAGAAUUACCAGACUAUUAUGAAGUGAUUAAAAAGCCUGUAGAUUUUAAUCGUAUUCGACAGCGUGUAAAAGAUGGAAAAUACCGAUCUGUAGAUGAACUGGAAGCUGAUAUUUUACUUUUGUGUAAAAAUGCUCAAACAUAUAAUAUGGAUGGAAGUUUGAUCUUUGAAGACUCAGUGGUAUUGCAGUCAGUUUGGACUAAUGCUCGAGAAAGAUUGGAAGAAAUUGAAUCACGUCAACAAUCUGAUUCUCGUCAAUCAAGUCAGUACAACAGUUACUCUAGUCAACAUAGGCAUGUUACUAUAGACGAUGAAGAUGAUGAAGAAGAUGAACAAGAUGAUGAAGAUGAGCCAAGUGAGACGUCGAAACAUGCACCUAUAUCAACAGGACCACGAUAUGUUGUCUGUAACACAUCAGCUACCGAUGUAACCAGUAAUACAGGUGGAAAUGGUCAGCAAAAUAUCCCUGAUAAUUCAAUGAAUGAGGAUAGUCUUGGAGGGUUGGAUGAUUUAGAUGAUGAGGAAGAUACUAUGGAUGAUCCAAUGGAUGAUGAUGACAGUGCCAGUCGAAGUUCUUUCAGUAGCAAAGCGAGACGCAUGUCACGUAAGCCAACGUAUUGUAUAUCUCGUACAACAAACAGUUCCGUCUCUGUUAUCUCAAAAACACAUCUUCCACCUGGAUCUCAUAAUCAUCCCCGUUCGUUAUCUGCUACUGAAUCUAGAGGAACAGUUUCUGUUGUUGAAUCCAUACGUAUCAACACAUCAAAUGUAGAAUCUCUCCUACCACCAAGGAAAGCUCGCUCACAUAAACGUGUUAUGAUGGUUGAUGAUAGUGAAGAAGAGGAUGAAGAAGACUCUGAUAAUGACGCAGUCGAUGAUGAUCCUGAUGAUGAGGACUUUUAA